AUGCGUCGACUCGCGCGCGCGCGCGCGACGCUGCGGUCGGCGCCGUUCGCGCGCGCGGCGACGCACGCGACGACGACGUUCGACGGCGUCGCGCCGGGCGCGACGGUGGCGUUCGACAGCGAACGCGCGCGCGUGGACGUCGUCGUCGCGCCGCACGCGUCGGCGACGGAGCGCAUCGAGAUCGAGAUCGCGGACGACGCGCACGACGCCGAGUUCGAGAUCACGCGCGCGCGAGGCGACGGCGGGCGAGGGGAGGUGGUGCUGGUGCGGGACGCGAGGACGGGGGCGAGGGACGGGACGCGCGCGGCGGUGCGGGCGAGGAUACCGCCGAGAUUUUGCGGCGUCGACGCGCGGUUGAGGGGGGAGAAUUCGACGAUUUCGGUGGAAUCGGUCGUCGAGGCGGGGGUGAAAGUGCGCACGAACGGCGGGGACGUGGAAUUGGGGACGAUCAAAGGGUCGACGAUGGACCUGGAUACGAGCGGAGGCGCGGUGCGCGCGCGAGGAUCGGUGAGCGCGGAUUCCAGAGUGCGCACCGCGGGGGGGGACGUGACGAUGCGCGACACCGAACCAGAAGGGAAGUUUCACGCUGAGGCGGUUUUUGGGGAUAAAGUGAACGUCAACACCGGCGGCGGCGACGCGACGGCGAAGAGUCUACGCGUGGGUGAAUUCGGUCUCGUGCGCACGAGUGGUGGCGCCGUUUCCAUCGGAAGUUUAGAGGGUGCGGGUGAAGAAAUGAUCGGUAUCGAUUCAGGCGGCGGCGACGUGUCUGUCAAAUUCGCCGAGCGCGUGCACAUCGCGCACGUCAAUUCUCGAGGCGGAGGCAUCGACGCCUCCUUUCCGAGCGGCUUCUCUCCCCAACCACACGUCAUCGGCGUCUACCGCGACGCGAUCGUCGACGAUAUCGUCCAACUUCCCUCCGCUGACGGCGUCGAGGGCGUCGUUUUUCAAACGUCGUACGCCGCGAUCGGGGCGGAACGAGUCCCAACGAAAUGGCUGGAAGUGUUCGGGUUGCAAAAGUUCGAUGAAGCGACGGUCGGCACGCGUUCGCUCAUUCCGGAUGCGUUCGUGGCUUUGACGUCGCUGUGGGCGCGAGGCGAAUUGAGACGAGAGUUGGCUCAUUUGGAGGCUGGCGGGUCGAGAAGAACCACAGCGAUUGCGAAGUACUUGCGACGAGGUUUGAUGUUCGUCGUCGGGCUGACAGAGGAAGAUUUGCGGAAUACGAUACAGAAAUGGUGGCGUCUGCUCGGUUUCAUUUGUUGCGGCGUCGUGGGAUACUCGGCAAACGGAGUGUUGCAGUUUCUCCUCUUCGUCGCGGUGCACACGCGUUUCGUCGGCGGGCGCGGUGAUCCACGCACGUCACGUUUGACGCGACUUGAGCACGCAAUUUCAACCACGGGUAAAAUGCAAUUCCUGACGGGAUUGAUCAUAUUCGGGUCGUAUGUGUUUACUUCGCUCGGGGCGACGUCGCAGGAAUUAGAAACGUCCAAAGUCGCAAACAUCUUUGGCUUUUGGACCUUGGAUAGUUCAUUCAAGUUUCAAGAGCUGAUGGGAUUCAGAGUCCGCGUGGGAGGGUAUCGACCUUUGCUCUACGCUCCAAUCUUAGCCGCCGCAAUCACGUUCACUGGUUUAGCAACCGUUGGAGGAUUGCCCAUGAGUAUGAUUCAAGUUGUGGACAUAGUCACAGUUUUGGUGACCAUUUUGCGAAUGCUGGCGUCAGCGAGAAACCUCAGUGGUACGAGAGGCGCCGAUGUUGACGCCAAGAAGUUCCAAGAUAAGUGGCUGGUGCGUUUGCGAAAUACGCUUUGGUAUUAUAUCGCAUUUCAGUACGUGUACAUCUCGCUUUUGUACGUCUAUAACAUACCAGAGGUCGCCGGUAGUCUCAUGGACGCGUGGCCGAGUAGUUUGAGUCGACAGCUCACCCCGCUCGACUUUGGUUUACUGCAGACGCCGGCGCUCCUUUCUUGGAAGUACAUGUGGCCGCGUUACCUUACACUGGUCAUGUGCGUGAUGUUGUAUUACUGGCUUAACGAGCGUUUGCAGCGCGAUAGUGAAGAUUACGACAGUGACUGGUACGAAGAUGGGCUGCCUGAGGGAACACCGAUUCGUCGUCUCGAUAUGAGUAAGGAAUCCGAGUCGACGAAGGUCGAGGACAUCAACACCAUGCGUCCGUCUAUCUUUCUGUAUCACGCUACCGCUACGGUAUUAAAGCACGUGAAAGACUCGGUAGGUGAUGAAUUCGAAUCCGCGUUACACGGCGUAUCCAUGGAGCUGCUUUUACUCGUGGCAACAAUCUGUGUGGCGUUUCGAGUCGAAGUCGUGAGUAUGCUCUACGUCGUGGUUAUAAUGUUUGCAUGCAUAGAACUCGCUGUGCCAACAAUCCGCGGCAAGGCUCCCGUACCGCUUCGGUAUGGAACUUUUAGCGUCAUUGGAACGUCGAUGAGAAUUUUGACGGAUUCAUGGCGAUUCUUGAACCGAAUGCGUCGGAUACGAAGCAAUGUUAUCACGGCCGCCGACAUAACGCCGCCGCCGAUUCAGACAAGGCGCAGUCCAUCUGGAUCGUCUGGGUGGUUCAGGCGUCACCUGAGGGAAUCAGACUAUCAUCAUGCCGCGCCAGUAUCAAUUCACACUGAGGUGAAUGACUACGGAUUUUAUUUGGCUCUACUGGCGACGAUUUCCAUCGUGUUCAAACAGCUCACGCUCUUGACGAUCUUCCAAUCGGGAUCGCUGAACACGUUAGUAAACGAAAAUUGGGGGAGUUGGCUUGGCUUGAUUUCACUUUACGAUCCACGUCUCGGCGAUGACUUGCAAACCACCACGAGUUGUUGUGCGUGGCCUUACGUUCUCGAUUCCACCAAGACAUUUUGUCAGGAUGCUAGUGUUGCGGCGUCAUCAUCAAACCAGUUCCCGACGCAAGCGUGCUUGACUUUUACGACAAACUGGUACAUUUUUGGAGCGCAUUAUGCGGUGAUCAUUUUCGCCGUUUUACACGGAUUCUUGCAGAGACGACACAAUGUCAAGGUGCAACGGAAAGCAAAAUCGACGACGGCGACCGCAGUUCCGCGAGCGAGUUAUUGGGCAAAGCUUCGCGGUGAAGUUCAGGGAUGCGAUGUGGCAAAGAAGUUGAAAUUGCUCAUCGUCGCCGAGCGCAUGAAAAACAAAAACAUCGAAACGCCAGUGGGCAAGAAGAAAAUCGUCACGACGGAUGAAGGCAUGUCCCCCAUGGUGCAGCAGACGCCGAUUCGCGCAGAAGAAGAUAUAUUCGCCAAUCUCGUCAAACAGGUGAAUGCCGGGAGUUUGAAGCAUAGCAAAAGUAAAAUCGCACUGUACGGAUGGCGCCCAAUCGUCAUAAGGAUGGUUUAUCGAUUCGUGAAGUGGGAUGUCAAGAAUACCUUCGAGACACUAGAUUCCGCGAUUGAGCAGCUCGCGAGCUUGAAGUAUCUGCUCGCGAUGGCCGUGUUACUGAUCAAUGCCUUCUUAAAAUCAGAUGUGACGAGUUCUAUAUAUAUCAUCAUCCUUGGAUACUUUUUGGCCUUCAACAAUCGCGCAGGAGUUGUGAGAUUUCAGUCUCAAGGUUACGCAAUACUUCUCAUCAUCGGCGCCAUCUUGGCGAUACACAUCAUGGCCGCCUUGCGCCUGCCGCCGAGUUGGCUCAAUACAAAUUACUCGCCUGCGCCGUCAGCGUAUUUGGAUUGCAACUCGAGGCCAGUUUUUGUACAUGAGUACGAAAUAAUAUCUGACAUCCUCGUGAUGUUACUCGUGGGACAUUACGUGCGAAAAGGACACAAAAACAUGGUUCGGGACGACGUCCGCACGGCAUGGAUGCGCGGCUACGUGAAAGCGAAAGGCCAAAAGAUGGGUAGCGAGUGGGUGCAGUCAGAGGCGUUUACAUCUCUCGCAAACAAAGUCAAUACUCGCCUCGCAGAACGGCGCAAGCUCGAUGAAACAUCAGAACUUUCCUACGAUGACAAAAUAAAGCGAUGGGACGCGGUAAACGUGCAACUCCAAGAGUACGUUCCGAGCGUGGACGCAGACCUUCAAAGGGAAGAAAUGAAGCGCGCCAAUUGGACGAAUCGAAAUCUAUCGAGGCAAGUUUCAAUUAAGGAAGAAUUGCAAGUCAUUCAAGAGCACUACACUUUCAGCCAAAUCGCUUCGAUGGCGAUUCACGAGCGACGAACGACUGUGCGACGGAGAAUUGAAGAGAUCAUGGGUCAAUUCUUCUUGAAGUUCUUCUACAAGUAUCUACUUUUGGUCAUCGUUAUUCUCACUACGACGGCUGCCGUGGCGCAGCACGAUAGUGAUUUCAUAUCACUGUGCUAUGCGGGAAUCACGAUUUUGUUUUCGAUGCGCUUCAAUGAGUUGCGAAUAAACACUCGAAUAUUCCCGAGUCGCGCCCACAAAUGGUGGAAUGGCGAGUUGUUCCGUCUCUUGCCCGUGUACGUCUUCACCGUCCUCGCGGCGAAACUUGUGUAUCAGAUCCCCUAUAUCAAGCCGAUACUUCUCAAUGGUCGCACUGCGCGACUUGGGUCAUGUGUUGUGGGUACGCGCAUGUGCGAAACAAUUAACUCCUUGUUCGGUGUCCGUAAACUCGGCUCGGCGUGUGACGCUACCAUGCUCGCUGCAGACUGUGUGUCUGUGUUGGGUUACAGCUCUGGUUCCAUAGGCGUCGACGUCGCGCUAUUCAUUCUUUGCUCGGUUCAAGCGCAACUUUUCUCCAACGAACGAUACGUCCGUGAAGUCUUGCGAUUAGAAAAAAACGCAAUGGACAAGCGUGCUCGCCGUUCCAUCUUGUAUCGCAAAUACAUUCUUGGAUGGCGAGCAAAGAUUCAACAGGAGAUUGAUGAAGAGUACAAAAUGAUCACCGACAAAGUUCGAGCGAGCGCCUUGCAAGCGUCUGAAUGGACUCAUUUCCAAAAGUUCAGGCACACAAUCGACGAAGAGACGGCGGCGGAAAAAUAUGUUCCUGAACAUGUCACUGUGCGGGCACAAAACUCAACCACCGUCGAGGUGAAGUGGAAGAUGCGCGGCUCGACUGACGACAUCGAACAAUUCACUAUAAAGCGCGAGCGUUCGCCGCGGACAACGAUAUUUCCACAUCACGUGAACCCAGUGAAAGUGGACGUUGAUGCAGAGUCACGGGCACCGUCAUCACAUGUGAUCUCUGGUCUAACUCCGGGUAUGAGCUACUCCUUCACCGUGCAAUCGUGUUCAAGGUCGAUUGGUUACGGACCUCCGUCAGAGCCAUCCGACGUCGUCACCAUGCCAAUGCCGCAAGACGACGAGGAAGGCGGCGAAAGCGAGUGGACUCGAAAAGGAGACUGGGGCGGCGCGAAUAUCAUUACCGGCUUCGGAAAGAUCAUCUAUUCUCAAAGCGAGCGCUUGUUGUACAUCGCUUUGGUGUGUAACUUCAUCGAUCACGUCGAUUUGAUGAGUGCAUGUCUCGUGAUCUUCAUUUUGGCGUUCGCGGCGAUGUGGAAUCCGCAGCCACUGCCGGAGAUGUGGCGUUUCAUCUUCUGGUAUUCCGUCGCGUGCUUUUACGCACGGAUUUUGCUCCGAAGCAAGGCGUUCUGCAUGGAACUUGAUGCGAACGCAAAGUUUGACAACCGCAACAAGUGGUACAUCAGUGCGCAACCGUAUUGUCCGACGAUGACGUUGUAUGACCCGGCCGCGGACAGUGAGUUUAGCACGUUGAGUGCGACUCUUCUCACCGUCCCACGCGCUCGAAAUUUGGUUCGCGAUGAAGUCUGGACAGACAUAUUUCUCAUUGUCACGCUCGUCUUACACAUGUCACACAUGCAUAGUUUGGGUCAAUGCACGAGGCGCGAUGCCAUCCCGCUAGCUCCUCGAGAAGAUUAUCAGACGUACCAUGCUGGUGAAUUCAAGGACGACAUCGACUUGGCGGCGUUGACGUCGCCGCCGCUUGAGGAUGUCGCGACAGGAAAAACACGGCAAGUCGAGACGCACCAUCUAGAAGGACGCACUAUCUUCGAGUCUGGCACGGCGCUGAGUUCGACGGAGUCCUUUGGAACGGGACUGACGAUUUCCAUCGUGUCGUCUGUGAUGUGGAUAAUUGUGAUGCGCUUGGUGUAUCUUUCGCAGAACAUCAAGUUGAAGUUCUACUUGCACUUUGCACAAGUCGUGCUAUACGUCUCACUGGUUUUCAUUUUCCUUCCGUUACUGGACACGCGUUCAUUCGUGUCUCCGCGACAUAACUCGCAUCUCAAGGCGUUUACGGUUUUGAUGCUCUUCCAAUUCAUCGUCAGCGCGUUGCAACUUCGAGAAGGUUUUAGGGAGGGGUAUCAGUUCAAAAUCGUCCUCAUGCGUUUCGGGAAUACCCCUGUAGGACGAUUCGUGUACAACCUCAUCAACACGUUGCCAUUCUUGUUCGAAAUACGAACUCUUUUGGACUGGGUCGUGUGCGACACGAGCAUAGAUUACGUCAUGUGGUUCCGACGGAACAGACGCCAGUAUUACAGCGGAGCAAAACCUGUGCCUUGGCCCCUUAAGAUUCUACUCGGCGGCGGCAUCAUCGCCAUCAUCAUGCUGUUGCUCACCGGGCCGAUUUUCAUCUUUAGCACAUUCAAUCCGGCGUUGACGAGCAACAGAAUAGAAGCUGCGACGAUGCAGGUGCAAUUAGACUUCUACGCGGAUGAAAAGACGGAGCGUCACAGGAUAUACUCUGGGUUCGCGACCGGUUACGGGAUGUCUUCGAUCUCGCAAGAGGCAAUGAAGUCAGAACUUCUCAGAGGUCUUUCCUUUCGCAGCAUUGACUCCGACUGCGUGCGGUUUCCAAAGUAUUCUCAAAGCGCUUGGAUUUUGCCGCAAAGUUCGAAACUAGCUCUCGCACAGUCGCUCAACACAGCAGCAGCAGCAUCCACGUGCACGGCCAAGAUGACUAUCACGACGGAGUUCACUAGACUCGGCCCGCUGAAGGCGAAGACGGUUUCGCAAGACUUGGUGGCGACGCUCACCAACGCGCAUUGCGCCGCGCUCGCCGGCGUCAUCACCAACGGUCAAGGGAGUAUCCAGUUCGCAAACGUGAUACCGCGCGGCUUUCAUCUCACACCUGAGACCAUGGUCGAGAUCUUGGAUUUCAACACGUCGGCGUACAUCGGCUUAAACAUGACGCUAGGAUCGACGCCGACGGCGAAUUUGUGGGAAGUGACUCCGACGUCGCCCUCUUUCCCAACCGCUGCGCCGGAUUUCUGUGGAAUUGACUCGACGCUACCGCCUUCAGAUUACGGGGUUUUAUACGCCACCAUAAGCGAUCGAUACCUCGUCGGUUUAGUGUCGAGCUUGGGCUUAUCGAGCUACAGUCUUCGCGCGCUGUACGGCUUUGUUUUCGUCACCGUCGGCUUUUUUGUUCGCACGAUGUACAAUUUCAAACUCUCCGACGUCUUCGUGAACGAAAUCGCCAACACUGAUGAGCUGAUCAACGUCUGUCGAGGUUUGCGUUUAAUUCGGUCGUUAGAUUAUCCCGGAAGACGACGGGAUGAAAUGAAGAUGUACUACUCCCUCAUGAGGAUGAUGCGUGAGUCGUCUCUGCGAAGAGUCAUCAGUCGAAACGCCGAUGAAAUUUAG